CAAGUCUCGACGACGUGCCUGAGAGGCAAGGCAAGAUGGACGAGGGCUUGGCCGAUCUCGAACGGCAGUUCGCCUCGCCGAGAGACUCUCCCGCGCCCGAGCCAGAGACGUCUGCACCUUCAGCUGCCACGCGUCCCGAAGCACCUGAGACUUCCACAGAGGGCUCAGAGAGCGCUGUGGCUGCGCAGACGAGUCUGCAAGAGGAUUUCGUCGAGCCAGGCAAGCAGGAGGAUGAGCCAAUGAACGAAGCAGCCGACUCUGCGCUGGAAGAGCCAGCAGCAUUGGAGUCAACGCCUGAAGCUGGCGUGACAGCAUCAACGAGUGCGACAGAGGCAGCGACCGAUGCGUUCCUGGACGGCCUCGGACCUGCACCUGCGCCUACAGCUUCCCAACCUGAGCCUGAACCUGCGCCUACGCCUGCGCCAACAGAGGAUAUCACUAUGAACGAAGGCGCACCAUCCCAGCCAAUCGACAAGACCCUCUCGACUGCCUCCUCGGUCUCUGAUGCACCGCCUGUCCAGCCUGCUAGUGAGACAGACCCCGACACAGUCUCGAGAGACGCAGCAGAGGCACUCAAUCAUCUGCAAAGACUGGACGAACAAGAGUCUCGCCUUGCCAAGCAAGCUCAAGCUAUAGAAUCAUCACGAUCAGACUCGCUCGAGACUCGUCUGGAGAAGCUAGAAUCACUCUUGCUCCGUCAAGAAGUAGAACAUGAGCAGGCUCUCCACGAAUCCCGCUCAUCCUCUCUAGCUUUGUCAACCCAGCUCGAACGCGAGAGAGCUCAGCUCUCGACAGAACGCGCGGCUAGAGAAGCUGUGGAGACGAGCAACGCUCAGCUUCAGCAAGAUCUGCAUGCUGCUCGGACAACUUCACGAACAGACGAUGAUGUCCAAAGGGCAAACUCUGAAGCGCUCAGCUUGCUCCAGAACGAGAAGCGAGACUUGCUUCGUAGCAUCAGCCAGGCGCAAGAAGAUAAGCGCGAAGCGGAAGAGAUCGCCAACCAUCUGAAGGGCCAGCAUGCCUCCGUCUCGGCCUCUGUCAGACGUCUAGAGACUAGCUUGGCGGAUGCCAUCGAUGCCGAGCGUACUCUCCAGCUGUCGCUGCAGAGCAAAGAGAGCGAACUACAACUUCUCCGAAGCGAUCGCGAUUACUACAAGACCGAGUACGAAGCUGGCGAAACGCGAUGGACCGCGUGGAGAAGCGAAAAGACGCAGGAAGUCGCUCGACUGCAGAAUGACCUAGAAAGUGCUCUGUCUCGCGCGGCAAACGCAGAAGGCACCGUGACCUCCCUGCGGAGCACACUCACGCAUACUCAGACAUCUCUCACCGACGCUCUUGAGCAAUGCGCCGAGCUCAAGUCGCAGCUCGUCGAGUCCGAGACUGGCCUCAAAGCAGAAGUAGAGAGUCAAGCCCAUCUGAUCAAUCUGCUCGAGAGACGCGACGCAGAAGGCAAGAGACGUGUUGAGGAAGUCGAGCAAGAAUGGCAUCAGCGCCGUGCUCAGAUGGACCAAGAAACAGCCCGUCACGCCCAACAAAUCGAAAUCGAACGGACAAAGCGCACGGAAGCGGAAACGCAACUAGUAGAAGUCAAGCUCGAUCUCGAACGCUUCACUCAGGGUCGCUUCGCAGCUAUAGAGGACGCUGGUCCGAGCGGUCUGACGGUCGCGGCCCCAUCUCGCUUCUCAUCAUUCUUCUCAUUGUCACCAACGGGGGCCCUGACUGCUAAGCUGCAAAAAGCGGGCAAGAGCUACACCGAAGUCUACGCCGAAUUCGUGCGCGUGCAAGACGAGCUCCUGCGAGAGCGUGCCGAGACCAAACGACUCGGCGAUUGCUUAGCUCAGAUCCUCAACGAAAUCGAAGAGCGAGCGCCUAUCUUGCGAGAGCAGCGUGUAGAGUACGAACGGACAUUGCGCGAGAACGACCAGCUGGCGACCGAGCUCGCGCGCACACUGGCCGAUCGUGAUCGCUCGGAGCAAAUGGCGGAAGAUGCCAAGCUAGACAAUGAGGCAGUGCGUCGCGAGCAGGCGCUUCAAAAGCAGCAACUGCACGAUCUGGGACGACAAGUCCGUGCUCUAUCGCGCGAACUCGUAUUGCGUGAAGAUCCCAAUAUCCGGACGCGAUCGAACGGCGACAUGUUCGACGACGAUGAAGAAGCGCUCGAAGCAGACGAGGCAGAUGCGCAAAAUGUCAUCAGUGCCAACUUUGUCACCUUUAGAAGUCUUGCCCAAUUGCUUGCGCAGAAUCAAAGCCUGAUCAAGAUCGCUCGCCGGCUUGGUCAGCAGCUUGAUGAGGGCGAGCAACGCAUUCGUGCAAACCUUUCAGAGGAGGGUACGGCGGCGAUGCAAGAUGCACACAACGUGAUCUUGCAGCUCAAGGAUACUAUCGAGUCUCAACGCGUCAAGAUGAGCGGCUACAUUCGGGAGCGGGACAUGCUGCGCACAGUUCUAGCACAACGUGGCAGCUCGUCGAAUGGCACCACUGACACUCAAAAACCCCCCCAGACAGAUGGAGACACAGUCAAAGCAGAGGAGAUACAAGCUAGCUUCGACGCAUAUCGAACCGAGAUGCACGCCGAUCAGCAAACGCUCCGAGCGGAUCUCGAGCGAACGCGUCGUGAGCUAGCGCAAGCUCAAAUCGCUGCAGGAAAGGCGGCUGCCCAGGUUCAACUGUACAGCGAGCGAUAUAACGUCUUGCUGCAGACCAACGAGAUGCAAUCGCGCGAGAUCAGCCAGCUGACCGAUCGGUGGACAAAGCUCGAGACUUCAGCACGCCAUCAAGAUCGGAUCGCAGUAGAUACCAGCGAGCAGCUGCUUAUGUGCCGCGGCCAAGUGUCGACCCUGCAGCAUCAGAAUAACACUCUGUCGGCGGAGAAGGAAGUUUGGAAGGCAAUCGAACAAAGACUGACAGAGGAGACAUCUGCCUUGCGCUCUGAGCGUAGCAAGAUGUCAUCUACCCUGGCAAAUCUGCAGGCGUUGCACAACGAGCUCGAUCGCAACGCGAGCGAAACUCGCUCUCGGCUCGAGACAGCUAAUGCUCGACUUCAGACACAAUAUGAUGACGCUCGCUCGCGACUUGACAAAGAGCUCGAGACCUUCAGAGGUAUGCUCCUGCGCAAGGAAGCAGAGGGUCGCGCGCUGCAAAAUCGCGUCACCCAAUUAUCAACCGAGGCAGCUGCCGCCCGGGAAAGCUCCGCUAUAGCCACGACAUCUGCCCAGCACUUGCAGACGCAAGUCGUUGAGCUUACAGCCCGACUCGAGUCUCAACAAGAGAAGCUCGACGUUUACGAAGGCCGCUCGAAAGCCGCACCGUCUGACAAUAUGACGCCUGAGCAAGCAUUACAGAUGCAGCUCGCAGAGCUGAGGGGGGAACUGCGUUCGACGCAGCUCGAAUUGCAGAGAGCUCGCGGCAACGCCAAUCAGUUCCAGGCGAUCAGUCAAGCUAGUGAAGAGGCUCUCGCGACCCUUCAGCAGACCUAUGACGACUACAAAGCCGCGAGCGACAAAACGCUGGCGGACCAAGCGGCAACCAUGCAGACACUGCAAGAUCGCGUCCAUUCGCUUGCCAGCGAUCUCACAGCUGCCAAUAAUGCCAAUUCGGAGCUGCAUCAGCAACUCACCACUAAGCAGCAAGAGUGGGACCUUCUACGGCUUCAGCUAGACGAACGCGUCCACGCUGCAGACGCGAGUGCGAGUGCCGCCAUGCAGAAUUACGCUGCAGCGCAGCGAGACGCUGUGGGGCAUGCGCGAGCAGCACGCGAAGCUCACGCCAAGUACGAGCAAGAGCUCGUCUCGCAUGCCGAGGCUAUCAAGGAGAGCUCAUCCCUGAAGGCCGCACUUAAACGAGAGCGCACUCGCGCUAGUGCGCUACUGCUCGAAGUCGAAAAUGCCAGGGUCAACUCAGCAGCAUCGACCGAAAGCUGGACACAGCAAAAAGCCGCACUCACGAAGGAGGUCCAGGAGAUCCAGCAGAGGUGCUCUGAUCUUGCCGAUCAGAACACGCUCCUGCAUGAACAGCUCGAGACCCUCACGAAGCAGACCGUGCAGCUCGGCGCGAGCACCUCGCGUCAAGGAACGAUUGAAGAUGACCCUGACGCCAGUAUAUCGUCCGAAACGAAGACUGUAUCAGAUUUACGCGAAGUCAUCCGCUUCAUGAGACGUGAGAAGGAAAUCAAUGACCUUCAGAGCGAGGUCGCCAAGCAAGAGCGCUCGCGACUACAGCAACGUCUCGAGCAAGCGGAGAAGCAACUCGACGAAGCACGCGUUUCUCUCAGCGAGGAGCGAUCUCGUGCCGGCGAUGCUGUCACAAGCAGUGCUCAGCAUACAGAGCUGCUCGAAAAGAUCAACAGUCUCAACAUUCUACGCGAAAGCAAUGCCACCUUGCGCGACGAGGCUCAGCGCAGUACUAAGCGCGCGAAUCGACUACAGACCGACUUACUUGCCGCACAAGGCACAAUCGGUCCACUGGAAGUGCAGAUACGCGAAGCUGCUGCCGAACUCGCAGGCCGACAAAACCAGAUUAAGCUGCUCGAAGAAGACAAUGCACGAUGGAAAGAACGCACACAGCAAAUCUUGCAGAAGUAUGAACGCAUUGAUCCGGCAGAGUUGCAAGAACUCAAGGACGAGGUCGAGAAGCUCAAGGGCGAGGUUGUCCAGAUCUCUGCCGAGCGCGCUAGUUUACAGGAAGCGCAUCAAAGAAGCGCAGAAGAAGCAAAGACUGAACGCGAUGCGGCAGUUGCCUCUGCGAACGACAAGUUUGAUCGGCUGCGCUCGCAGACUCAUGCUCGCAUUGCCGAGCACAACAGAGCAUCCCUCGAGGCCAGGGAGGAGAUCAAGUCACUUCGAGAAAAGGCAGAUGCUCUGCAGGCAGCUCUCGCGCAGACCACCACAGCACUAGAGCAAGAAAAGAAUGCCAACAAGGAAGCAAGCGCUCAAGCAAACACUGUGGCUAACGAUUCUACCUCUCGCGUCAAGGAGCUCGAGACAAAGACGGACGAGCUAGAAGCACAGAUCAAAGGUCUCCGAGAGCAAGCCGCGCAAGCCGAGAGUAAGGCUGCAGAGCAAAAGUCUGCAUUCGACGCAGCGCAAGCCGAAUCGCAGAAGCUCAUCAGCGCUAUGAAAGCGGACGGCCGACGAUUCAAGCAGACCAUUUCAGAUCGUGAUUCUGAAGUCGCUCGCUUGCAAGGCAGCCUGACGGAGGCCCAAGCAGCCCAGCAGGCUGCAAGCGUGGCACAGGCCGAAGCGGCAGUACAGCCUUCACCAUCGGGGGCUGCGACGCUGGAAGAUCUCAAGCUCGCUGCUGCUACCGUCAGCGCGCCGACCGAUCUGGAGGAAGGCGCAGAUGCUCAGGACGCUCUACAACAACGCAUCAGUGAGGCGCAUGCCAAGAUUGAGCAGGAACGCAAUGCUGCAGUACAGGCAGCGAUCGCGACCGCAACCGAAGCACUCCGUACUCAGAUGGAGCAGGAGAAGUCAGACGCGCUGACGGCAGCAAUAGCCGAGGCCGAGAGAAAGGCAGCCGAGCUCACUGAGGCAGCUCUGAUCAGCGCUCGCACUGAGAUCGGGGCUAGUCACCAGAAAGCACUAGACGAGGCUGUCGCAGCGGCCAAGGCUGAAGCGACAACAGCGCCGGCAAGCGUCAAAGACAUUGCUGCAGCUGCUCCGGAUGCAGCAGAAAUCGAGCGAUUGGUUCAAGCUAAGCUAGAUGAGGCAUUGGCCGCUAAGUCGAAGGAGAGGGAAGAAGCACACCAGAUUGCGCUAGCAGAGGCCAAACUCGAGGCUGAGAAGACAAAAUCAAAAGCAGUGCAGGAAGCAAUCGAAUCAGUCCGGAAAGAAGGCGGUCUGAAGGACAAUCUCGCACAAAAGCGACUGGCCAACGUCACAAAGGAGCGUGAUGCGCUGGCGAUCAAGGUCAAGACGCUCGAAGACGGCUCAGCUGGCACCAUUCAUGGCGAGACUUCAGCUGCAUCGGCAGGAGAGGCCUCCACGUCUGCCUCUACUCCGCCGGCUGCCGCCCCAAGUCCGCCCAAGACACGCGCGGCAGCUGCCCGAGGUAGCUCACCUGGCAACAUCAAGGGCCGGGGUAAAGGCCAAUUGCCGGCUGCGCCGCAGGCAAAGGGACCGUCCGCGCCGAAUCUGCUGAGCAUCAGGGGAUCCUCGGCCGCUGCACGCGGCAGGGGCAGAGGAUCGGCGACUGCUGCGCUGAGCUCUGCGAUCACGGCUGCGAGCACAAGCGCUGCUACUGCUGCAGUGCCGCCUGCUGCUGCCGGUGCGACACCCCCUGCUUCUGCCAAACGAACAAGGGAAGAGGGAGAUGAUGCGAGCCAGCAGGAAGGGAAGCGGCCAAAGCCCUGAGGACGGCAGCUCUGUAUGAAUGAUGCAUCUCUCGUCGAUGGACUACCGCCUUUUCCUCGCAUUGUUGCUGCUCACCGAGCGAGCAUUGCCUCGAGAUGCAGCGUUUGCGCUCGCUCUCGUUUGUGUCUGUUCGGCUGCCUCAUCGCCCCCACUGAGCAGUUUUGACAGGCCGCCUGCAAAGUCCAUGUUCUGGGCGGCAGCGAGGUGACCGUGCAUCUUGGCCUGAUCUGCCUGGACGGCGGCCAGGGCUUCGGGAUCGAGCAUUUCCUGCCAUCGCGCGUGCGAGUCAGUCAUGAUCAUACUGUCGCAAUCGAC